GUGUAGCCGACAUCGACUUGCGAAUACCUACCUGUACCCCUGGGCCAGCACGGUACGACUGAACACCGAGCCACGACAGGCGACGACAACACACCAGUCGAGCUCUGCCUUUUUUUCUCCUAGCACCGAGAAGCUAUCUCGACAAAUUUCCUGAGGCUUCUUUCGCAUCUACAACAGCUUCCUACAGAAAUAUCCUCAACAACAUCCUUGAACUACCCGUAUGUUGAACGUGGAAUGAGCAGUUGAGGUUUGGUUCGUCUUGACGGCGAAGCCAUUCCAGUUUCUCGGCCAUUGUAGAUCACCAUGUGGUCGUGGUCGGGUCUCCGGCCAGCUUUGGCCCAGAAUGCUUCCGCAUCUUUGUCUCCAGCAUCUCGCAUCAUUGCGCGCCUUCUUGCUGAUCUCUCCGAAGACUGCAGCCAAACUCCGUCUGUUCGAAUUGGCACCGUCAUAAGCUCCCGUCAAUCAUGGCAUAGCACUUUCCACAAAGAACAACGUCCCGGUUCCGCGUCUCUUGCUCUCACAACUCUCAAAGCCCAGUCCUUGCAAAUCGUCCGUCGUGCUUCGGUUAUCCCAUCCAUUCCGCCUCAGUUGCCGUCCAAGGGCUCCUCAGCAACAUAUUCUACCGAUGCCACCCCUACUCUCCCACCUACUAUCCCCUAUAAGCAGCUUACAGUCGGCGUCCCGCGCGAGACCUACCCCAAUGAACGUCGUGUGGCCUUGACUCCUCAAAAUGUCGCUCUCCUGCUCAAGAAAGGUUUUGGAAAGGUUCUUGUCGAAAAAGGAGCCGGCACCGAAGCCGAGUUUCACGAUUCUGCCUACGUAACAGCCGGUGCAACACUUGUCGAUUCUGCUUCUGAUGUAUGGAGCAACGCCGACAUCGUGCUCAAAGUUCGCGGUCCCAGCGUCGCCGAAGCGGAAUUGCUCAGAAAAGGACAAACCAUCAUUAGCUUCCUUCAGCCAGCUCAGAACAAGCCGCUCGUAGAGAAGCUUGCCUCCCGGAACGCGACUGUUUUUGCCAUGGACAUGAUCCCUCGCAUCUCCAGGGCGCAGGUCUUUGAUGCGUUGAGCAGCAUGGCCAACAUCGCCGGUUACAAAGCAGUUCUGGAAGCCUCCAACGUCUUUGGUCGAUUUCUUACAGGUCAGGUUACAGCUGCUGGAAAGAUCCCUCCUUGCAAAGUCUUGGUCAUUGGUGCUGGCGUCGCUGGCUUGAGCGCCAUUGCCACGGCUAGAAGAAUGGGAGCCAUAGUCCGUGGUUUCGACACUCGUUCCGCCGCUCGUGAGCAGGUUCAGUCACUCGGCGCUGAGUUCAUCGAAGUCGAGCUUCAGGAAGACGGUUCGGGUGCUGGAGGUUACGCCAAGGAAAUGUCGCCAGAGUUCAUCGCAGCCGAAAUGAAACUGUUCACGGAGCAAGCUCAGGAGGUCGACAUUAUCAUCACUACUGCCUUGAUUCCCGGAAAACCUGCGCCCAAGCUCAUUACCAAAGCCAUGGUCGAGAUCAUGAAGCCCGGUUCCGUUAUUGUUGAUCUGGCGGCCGAGGCUGGCGGAAACUGCGCAGUGACCCAGCCCGGAAAACUCAUUAACCACAAGGAUGUCAAAGUCAUCGGUUACACUGAUCUCCCGUCUCGCCUACCUACACAGUCGUCCACUCUAUACUCGAACAACAUCACCAAGUUUUUGCUUUCCAUGGCGCCAAAAGACAAGGAAUACGGCAUCGACCUCCAAGACGAGGUGGUUCGGGGUGCGAUUGUCACUGACAAAGGGAAGAUCCUACCACCGGCACCUCGACCAGCACCACCGCCCGCACUAGCAUCAACCCCGACCGCAGCCAAGGAAGCAGAAGUCGUGGCUCUGACACCGUUCCAGAAGACCUCGCGCGAAGUAGGCCUCGUAACAGGUGGUAUGGGCGCUGCCCUUGCUCUGGGAAAGCUUACUGGACCACUGUUCAUGGGCAACGCCUUUACCUUCGCUUUGGCCUCGCUCAUCGGUUACCGCGUUAUAUGGGGUGUCGUCCCUGCUUUGCACUCACCCUUGAUGAGUGUCACCAAUGCAAUCUCAGGCAUGGUGGGGGUCGGCGGUCUCUUCAUCUUGGGUGGUGGCUACCUCCCUGAGACCAUUCCUCAGGCUUUCGGCGCUGCUUCCGUGCUUCUCGCAUUUGUCAACAUCUCUGGUGGCUUUGUCAUCACCAAACGAAUGCUCGACAUGUUCCGUCGCGCCACUGACCCUCCGGAAUACCCGUGGCUUUACGCUGUUCCUGCCGCUUUGUUCGGCGGUGGCUUCAUUGCCGCUGCGGCUUCAGGUGCAGCCGGUUUAGUCCAGGCCGGCUAUUUGGUUAGUUCCGUGCUUUGCAUCACUUCGCUUUCAUCUCUGGCAUCUCAAGCAACUGCACGCUUGGGAAAUACGCUUGGUAUGCUGGGCGUAGGAUCUGGAGUCCUUGCUUCGCUACUCGCUGCUGGUUUUUCACCCGAGGUCCUUGCACAGUUCGGUGGUCUGGCUGCCAUUGGUGGUAUUUUGGGCUUGCUUAUUGGGAAGCGCAUCACGCCCACUGAUCUUCCACAGACAGUUGCUGCCUUGCACUCUGUGGUGGGUUUAGCCGCUGUGCUUACCAGUAUCGGAAGCGUUAUGGCUGAUGUGGAUCAUAUCACGACUCUUCAUCUCGUUACUGCAUACCUCGGUGUCCUUAUUGGUGGUGUGACUUUUACUGGAUCAAUCGUGGCUUUCAUGAAGCUCUCCGGAAGAAUGUCCUCCAAGCCAACCAUUUUGCCUGGCCGACACCUGAUUAACUCUGGUCUGCUGGCCUCGAAUGUUGCCACCAUGGGUGCCUUUGUCACAUUGGCCCCUGGAUCUCCAGCAAUUGCUGCCGGUGCUCUGGCUGCCAACACUGUUCUCUCGUUUCUCAAGGGCUACACCACAACUGCGGCUAUCGGUGGUGCCGACAUGCCAGUGGUUAUCACAGUUUUGAACGCUUACAGCGGCUUUGCUCUUGUUGCUGAAGGCUUCAUGUUGGAUAACCCGCUGCUGACGACAGUUGGUGCACUCAUAGGUGUAUCGGGUUCCAUCCUCUCGUACAUCAUGUGUGUGGCCAUGAAUCGUUCACUCACCAAUGUACUCUUUGGUGGAAUAUCUGCUCCGACAAUGACAGAGUACAAGAUAGAGGGGAGUGUGACGCAGACCAAUGUCGAAGACACAGCCGAAGCACUAACUAACGCAGAGUCCGUCAUCAUUGUGGUCGGUUACGGCAUGGCUGUAGCCAAAGCGCAGUACGCCAUCUCAGACAUUACCCAGAUGUUGCGCUCCAAGGGCAUCAAAGUGCGCUUCGCCAUUCACCCCGUGGCCGGUCGCAUGCCUGGACAGUGCAAUGUUCUUCUAGCGGAAGCUAGCGUGCCGUAUGACAUUGUCCUGGAGAUGGAUGAGAUCAAUGAUGACUUUGGCGAGACAGACCUUGCGCUUGUCAUCGGCGCGAACGACACUGUCAACCCAAUUGCCCUUGAGCCAGGCAGUCCCAUUGCUGGAAUGCCCGUUUUGCAUGCUUGGAAGAGCAAGCAAGUUGUGGUGAUGAAGAGAGGCUUGGCUAGUGGAUACGCCGACGUACCGAAUCCCAUGUUCUACAUGCCGGGGACAAAGAUGCUCUUCGGAGAUGCAAGAGUCACGACAGAAGCCAUCAAAGCCGCGAUUGAGGCCCGGCUUAAGUGAUGAGGGCGAAGCCCAUCUUUUCUCCUAUCUCUUUCUACCUAUUCCGUACACCUCUUACCUCCUCCUUUCCAGAUGCUUCCUUAUCCUCUUCCCGAAGCAGAAGAGGCUGUCUACAUUAUAGGCAAACCGUUGGAAAGCU